CCGUACCCCGAAGCAGAGGAGAAUCGUUUCCGGGCCCAAGUGGGCCGCGGUCGGGCUCCAGGUUCGCUCCCUUCGGACCCGGGUGCGGGAGCUGGGUCUCCGGCCGCGAGGAGAGAGCGCUGAUUUGGGGCCAUGAACGGGACGGCGAACCCACUGUUGGACCGUGAGGAGCACUGCCUGCGCCUCGGAGAGAGCUUCGAGAAGCGGCCGCGGGCCUCCUUCCACACCAUUCGCUAUGAUUUUAAGCCAGCAUCUAUAGACACCUCCUGUGAAGGAGAGCUUCAGGUUGGCAAAGGAGAUGAAGUCACAAUUACGCUGCCCCAUAUUCCUGGAUCCACGCCACCAAUGACUGUGUUCAAAGGGAACAAACGGCCCUAUCAGAAAGACUGUGUGCUCAUUAUUAAUCAUGACACUGGUGAAUAUGUCCUGGAGAAACUCAGUAGCAGCAUUCAGGUCAAGAAGACAAGAGCUGAGGGAAGCAGUAAAAUCCAGGCCCGAAUGGAGCAGCAACCCCCUCGGCCCCCACCGCCGUCACAGCCCCCUCCCCCUCCUCCUCCCCCUCCCAUGCCAUUCAGAGCUCCAACAAAGCCUCCAGCUGGACCCAAGACUUCUCCCUUGAAGGACAACCCCUCGCCUGAACCUCAGCUGGAUGACAUCAAAAGAGAGCUAAGGGCUGAAGUUGACAUUAUUGAGCAGAUGAGCAGUAGCAGUGGGAGCAGCUCCUCAGACUCAGAGAGCUCCUCAGGAAGUGACGAUGACAGCUCCAGCAGUGGAGGCGAGGACAAUGGCCCAGCCUCUCCUCCACAGCCAUCACACCAGCAGCCCUACAACAGCAGGCCUGCCAUAGCCAAUGGGACCAGCCGGCCACAAGGAAGCAACCAGCUCAUGAACACCCUCAGAAAUGACCUGCAGUUGAGUGAGUCUGGCAGUGACAGUGAUGAUUAGAGCCCAGUCUUUUGAAAUCCACUUCCUGGCGCAUAACACGAUGUGACAGGUCCAGGCUACUUACACAUGGAGUCCAUUGCCACAAGGAGAAUGUCGUGGAUCAGCGCCUAUAAGGAGUUUGAGGCUUUGGAACUCAUAUUCAAGUCUUUAACUUAGUGGUGAUGGGUGAUUUUUCUCAUGUAAUUUUUGAAUAAUCUCCUAUUGCAAAAUUUAAAUAGAUCUGUAGAACUAACAUAAUUAUAUUUCUAUUUGGUUAACAUUUUUAAUGAAAAACAGACAGUUCUGCCCUGGGCUGGGUUACUCAAAGGCCUUGUCUUCACCAGGUCAGCAAUUUGGUUUUAAAUCUCAGCAGCCAUUAGUUUGGCCAAUAGACCUCAAAUGGUCUGCACCAGUGAGAUGAAACAGUCUUUGUGGGAUAAGGAAGAAGAGGGAGACCUCACACUGCAUCAUAGAAAUAUGUUACAGCCACUUUACAUUGUUGACAUAAAGUGGUAAGGAAGUUUGUCUGACCCAGCCUGACAAACCUGGGUAGAAAUGGACUUGAGGGGAGUCUCUGAGUGUCAGCUCGGUCAGAUACCGAAGACACUCUAGCUCAAUCCCUUCAUUUACAGGAAAGGGAAGCAUGUCACUGGUUUAUGACCAGUGUUCUGUUCCCAGUCCGUGUUCCCUCCCUUGAAUUUUACUUAAUGGAAUCAGAUUUUUAUACAUGGAACUUAUAGUGUACAUUAGCAUUUUUACUGAGCUCAAAAAGACAAAAGCACUAAGUACAUCCAGCUAGAAUUCAGAUUCCAGCAGUCCCUAAAUGCUUUAGGCUGAGUGAGCGAGCAGAUUAAGCCAGCAGCCACUAUGUUGAUGCAUGUGACUCAGUUAAAUUGAAGCUUUUAGUUCCAUGUGGAUCCGUCCUAAGUGUUCUCCAUUUAGUGGAUUUUAGCAGGAUGGGAAUAGGGUAGGAGUAGAAAAGAAACCUCUCUGAACAAAAGUGAGCCAGCAGUAAACUUCCAAAAACCAAAAUCUAGAUAGGAGUUCUGCAAUAUGGAACGAGCACAUCCUUUGAUAAGAUCUUUCUGCUUAUGAUUUUGUACCACUGUGCCUGACUCCUAGACUAGUUUGUAUUUUUAUAUAAAACUAGAAGAAAAUCACAAGAUUGCCUUCUACAGUGUGCAGUUUCCAAGUGAAUCUGAUGUUGGAAACUGGUCACUAGUAAAUGUUGCAUAUUGAGUGAAUGUGUGGUGAUUGUCCCGUGAUUAGUAUGGAGCAGCCUAUUUCUAGUCUGAGUGAAUGUGUCCUAAGAAAUUCCUAUCUACAACACAUGAAGCAGAGGUGAGGACUACCAUGCUAGAGCCGUGCAGCCCAGGUGAGGACAGAGAAGUUGGUGAAAGCUCAGCUGUGGCUCAUGGUUCCAAGAAGCAUCUGAAGCGAGUGGCAGCUCCAAAGCAUUGGAUGCUGGAUAAGUUGACCAGUGUGUUUGCUCCUUGUCCAUCCGCUGGUCCCCAUAAGGUGAAAGAAUAUCUGCCUCUUAUAAUCUUCCUGAGGAAUAGACUUAAGUAUACCUUGAUGGGGUGAAGUAAAGAAGAUUUGCAUGCAGCACUUCAUUAAGAUUGAUGGAAAAGUCAGAACUGAUAUAACCUGCCCCCAUCAGCAUUGACAAGACUGAGCAUUUCCAUCUGAUCUACGACACCAAGGGUCGCUUUGCUGUUCACCGUAUUAAACCUGAGGAAGCCAAGUACAAGUUAUGCAAAGUGAGAAAGAUCUUUGUGGGCACAAAAGGGAUCCCCCAUCUGGUGACCCACGAUGCUGACACCAUUUGCUACCCUGAUCCACUCAUCAAGGUGAAUGACACCAUCCAGAUUGAUUUGGCAUCUGGCAAAACCACUGAUUUCAUCAACUUUGACACUGGUAACCUGUGUGUGGUGACUGGAGGCGCUAACUUGGGAAGAAUUGGAGUGAUCACUACAGGAUGAAGCAUCCUGGCUCUUUUUGAUGUUGUUCAUGUGAAAGAUGCUAACGGCAACAGCUUGGCCACCCAGCUCUCCAACAUUUUUGUUAUUGGCAAAGGCGACAAGCUGUGGGUUUCUCUUCCUCAAGGAAAAGGAAUCGGCCUCACCAUUGCUGAGGAGAGAGAUAAGAGGCAGCAGCCAAACAGUAGUGGAUGAAAU